AAUGCAUUCGUUUGCAAUAUCCGAGUAAUACUUCGACGACACGUUGAAGUCGAGGCCAACCCCACGCUGUAGAUCCACGGGAGAUUGAUGGUGCCGUCCGCAACCAUUGUUCUCGCCUGCUGGGCACGAUUUGCAGUAGUUUUUCGAAAUGCCCCACUCCCUUCCGGUUUCCCAUUUGUCAGGGUAUCCGAUGCAUUCGCUGAGCUUCGAGCCUUCGUUGCAGGAAAUAUCCCCCCAGUUAUCUGGUGCAUAAUCUAUUACAGUAUGAUCAUUUCCGUUCACCUUGACGUUGUUUUUUUGGUUUCUGUUUUUGUAUGUAAACCGAUCGAGAUAGAUUCCCCUAUUCUCGUUAUUCUGACCUUGCGCAAGGCGUUCUGUUCCAGAGAAGAGCAACAGCAACAGGGUUGCGAUGAUAGAGGUUCUGAUCACCACCAUCGUUAAAUUGUCAAGACUAUGUUAUUUUGUGAUUCUCUCUCGCAGAAUUAUGGCAAUGUGCAUCGCACAAGAAUUCAGAAUGUGCUGCAAGCUGAAUGCUGUUGCAUGAUAGAGUGCCGACACGAGGCGAGAAAAUAUCGUGUGGGAUCCUUCUUUGCGACUUUGUAUGAGCUGUGGGGCGUCCACGGUUUCGAAUUUGGUCCCGCGUUGCCACAAUACGUUUCCCACGGAAUUCACGUACGUGCCAUCGUACAGAUCUUUUGAGUGUACGAGAGAAACAUAGUGCAUUUUUGAAUGUGGAAUUGCUUUUCUAUUUUUUACAUCUAAAUAAAAACUGAAAACCAUUCGUGGAUCAGUGGAGCGCCGGACAAAAAUGAGAAGUGGCACCCGGAAGCCAUUAUCAGAGCCGAUCAGGGCGACUCUCUUGCGACUCAUGCUUACUGUACCGUACAACGACCACUAUCGCACCCACAACUUCUUACGAAACCAUGAUGAGGCGUCAAGGCGAUAACAAUGGUCACCAAUUGAGCUCUACUAGGACAAGUCACCAUGAACUAAGAUAAAACAGUUUAACUAGCGAUAAUGCAAUCAAAGUCACACUCGUAUUGUGUUUAGGCUGGUAUCUGUACGAGAACAAGGCCUAAAAUUGUAGAUCGCAUUACAUUUUUACAUAUAAAUCAUCAAUGGCUACGAAAAUGCGACUCUCAUUACUGUAGAAGUAGUUCAAAUAAUAUAAAACGCCAGUUUUUUACGUGAAGUAAGCGCAACAGAACGUUUGUGAAAUUGCCCAUCUUGUACGUGCGGGUAUGUACGAGUGCUUUGUAAAACAGCAGUUUUUGAAGGCAGCUUCUGCACUCAAGGACCACUCUCCUUGCGAGCCUCGAAGAUAAACAUCGCAUCACUAAGCCAGAGAGUAUCUUUAUCAUAGCAUAGGAUUCCAAACUUCUUUAGGGGCAUCAACAAAUUUUGGAAAGAUUUCAUGCGGUUGUAUCCCAACGACGAAGCAACGUUCUUCUUCGUCUUUCUGCUUCCGUCGGAAAGCUCUUCAAACAAUUGACGUUGCUUGGGCGUGAGUUUGAAAGUAUCCAUUGUAUUCAAGUGGUGUUCUCGAUUAUUUUUGCAUAUUUUGGCAGAAUCAAGAUUUGCUUGCUCGACUCCAUCCUGGGUGAUGGAAACAGAAACACCCGUAUCCAUUGUCACCAGCCCUUUUUGUUUUAGUUUGGAAAGCGCAUUGUUCACGCUUUUCAACGUAAGCUUUAGUUGCAUCGCAACAAUCGAACGACUCACGACGUUGUUCUGCAUCUGAAGCGAUAUCGCAGCGAUGGUGUCAAUCAUUUUUUGUUGCGAAGAAGUCAAUCCUUUCGUAGAUUUGCUAGCUGUAAUCUUGUGCUUUGCGGUAGCGGCCUUCUUGACACAUUUUCCCUCCUUCGGCAUGGUGUUAUGAUUCUUUUUUAUUUUCUAGGCUGAGUGAAGCUAUUCAAAGACUGACAGCGACGAAAAAUCGAUAAGAAACACGCAACGAUCAGACGAAAAUAUGCCUUGAGUGCAAACGAAAUGAAAGUUUUGAAGAACGGAAUGACAAACCAAUCAAUACCACUAUUGCAAGGUAGUCGAACAAAGACCAUUCGAUAUAUUCUUGAACUGCUGCAUCGUUCUUACCUUUUAAGACUUUUCUAUUUUAUGCCGGAGAGGCUUUUCGAUGCUUUUAUUUCUCUUGUCGCCUUAGGAUUCAAGCUGGCCCGAAUUGCUUCUGAGGGAGAUUUUCAAAGGAAAGUUCGUUGUCUACGAAAAAUGCCCCUACAGCACUACGACGUAAAGUAAAAAAUUUAAAUCGAUUUUCACCGAUCGGUCACACUUGCUACGAAUGUUCUUCUACUCGUUCUCAAAAAUGGAAGAAGCAGUCUAAUACUGUAUACCGAAAGGCUAGGCUAUGUGGCCCUCUUUUCCAUCCAUGAUAAAUAAAUACAACGAAAAGAACGUUACUAUGAAAGCAUUUUUGAGUAAAUCAGAAAUUUUAAAUUUUGAAUAUUCUUCAAAACCUGAAAACUGAAAACUACCGUAUCGAACCCAUUCGACUAACACGAUCACCAAACAUAUCUGUAUGAGGAGUGAUGAUGAGGAAGAAACCUUGUCACAGCUUCUAAUAGCAUCGCAUUCGAAGAAGAAACCUAAAAAAAUAUAUCCAGGGUGGAUGAGUGACGAUUAUUCGAAACAGAAAACUAAUGAGUAUCACAGUAUUGUUUAGCAAUACUGUAUUUCGAUGCCACCACGUUCUCAGAAUCCCAUCCAUCAUAUAAAAUCAUUGAUUUUCAAAAUGCUGUACGGGAUUGUGAUCUAUUCUCGUGAUCGUACCUCAUGCGAAGACGGUUCUCUUCAAAGAACAUCGCACCACAACCCAAGCCAACGUGUAUUAAACUCUGAGAAAAAUAAUAUGUUGACGACACU